AAAUAAAAAAAAUCUACACCUAAAAACCUCCAAAAACAAAAAAGAAAAAGCCCCUUCUGUUUCAUUGCUUUCACAGUAAUAAUACAGCUAUAACCACACUUUUUCUUAGAAAAAAUCUGGAAAACUCAAGUUUCCAUUUGUCUCUCUUCUAUAUUGUUAUUACUACUAUUUUGCAUUAAACAGUAUAUAUAUAAUCUUGAGAUUAAUUAUCAUCACAUCACAUAUUCCAAGAAUCUUCUCCUCAAUUUCCAAUUCUUGAUAUAUAUAUUCUCUGCUUCAUAAAGUUUUCAACUUGCAGAAAAUAAAGUGAAAAAAAAUUCCAAUUUGAUUCUCAAAAAAAAAAAAAAAAAUGGUUAUUAUUUUGUUUGCUAAAACUGAUUAAAAAGAAAUGUGUGUACAAGAGUCAGAGGAAGUGAGUGAGAAAAUGGAGAAUUUGGAUAUUUCAAAGAGUGAUGAUAAUGUAAAGAUUGGAUCUUUACAAGUAGAAGAUGAAUUGGGAAAUACCCAAAAAGAGAAUUGUGAAAAAAACACAUCUUCUAGUCUUGCUGUGAUCAGAAAUUCUUUCCCAAUGGAAAGCAUUUCUGAGGAUACAACUAUUGCAGACCGUAAGCAGAUACUCUUCAAUAAAUUCCUCCCUACUCUUAGAUCUGGAGAGUGGUCCGAUAUUGGAGGUCGUCUUGAUAUGGAAGAUACUCAUAUUUGUAUUGCGGACCUGGCUAAGAAUUUUGGUCAAAGUAUUCUUGGUGAGGAGGAGGCUGUCUCUUUUUAUGGAGUCUUUGAUGGCCAUGGUGGGAAGGGAGCAGCACUCUUUGUUCGUGACUUCUUACCAAGAAUCAUUGUUGAGGAUGCAGAUUUCCCUUUGAAACUUGAGAAAGUGGUCAGUAAAUCUUUUUUGGAGACAGAUGCUGCUUUUGCCAAGUCAUGCUCCGCUGAUUCUGCCUUUUCCUCGGGCACAACUGCACUCACUGCUAUGAUAUUUGGAAGAUCAUUACUCGUGGCAAAUGCUGGCGAUUGUCGAGCAGUACUCUCUCGAGGUGGAUUGGCUAUAGAAAUGUCAAAGGAUCACAGACCUUGUUGUGUCAGUGAAAGAACACGUGUCGAGUCCUUGGGUGGAUUCGUCGAUGAUGGUUAUUUGAACGGACAGUUAGGCGUGACCCGGGCAUUGGGUGACUGGCACAUUAAGGGACUGAAGGAAGUCGAAAAGGGUGGGCCAUUGAGUGCUGAACCUGAACUAAAACUGCUUACAUUAACAAAGGAAGACGAGUUCUUGAUCAUCGGUAGUGAUGGGAUAUGGGAUGUUUUCAGAAGCCAAAAUGCAGUGGAUUUUGCCCGAAGGAGACUGCAAGAACACAACAACGCAAAAUUAUGUUGCAAGGAAGUCGUGGACGAGGCCAAAAAACGUGGUGCUAUCGACAACUUAACGGUAGUCAUGGUAUGUUUUCACUCUGAACCACCACCACCUAUUGUAUUCCAAAGAUCAAGAAUUAGGAAGUGUAUAUCUGCAGAAGGACUUCAGAAUCUGAGAUCUUUACUCGACGGGUAGCGCUGUCGCGUGCAAUUACCACUUUGGGCUUUAGGAAAUGUAUAAUGCCAGUUACUACAUUCUUCUGGAGUACAUUGUAAAUACCUCAGAGGUAGGAUAUGUUCUACCUUUUAAUGCUCCAAUUUAGAAUUCAAGCAGAUGGAAUAAAAGCUUGAGGGAGAAAUGAGCAAGCCAAGGAACCAAAAUUUUUGUAAAUAUAUCAUUCUUCAAUUGUAUGCUCUCUUUACACUAAAGGGCACAUAUCUGAACUUCAAUUUUCUAGUAAUAUAAACUUUAGAUUUAUCUA